AUGGGAUUUUAUGGUAUGUAUUAUUUAAUAUAUUCAUUUAUCAAAAAUUUAUUGAAAAAUAAUUUUAAAGAUUGUAUUGUACCUUCAGUAAUUGUUAAAAAUAUGUUACAAAAUGCUGGAUGGACUUCCCCAUAUACUCCUUACCAACCAGAAAUAGCACAGGGACGCUUAGAAAGUCUUUUAAAUUUCCAGACUAUGAUAUCUGAUUUAACUGGUUUACCCUUUGCAAAUGCUUCAUUGUUAGAUGAAAGUACUGCUUGUGCCGAGGCUAUUGCCUUAGCUGUUCGUGUAACUAAAAAAAGAAGUUUGUUUUUAGUUUAA